UUUUUAAAGGAGAUAAUAAAUUCAUUAAGACUGCAAUGCUAUGCAAACUCGGCAGCAAGCCUCAUUGAUCUCAUCCAAGUUUACUUCCAGUUAAAAUUAAUCCUGCGAAAGGGUCGGUUAACUAGGGCUGCCAACCCUACCGUGGGAAAAUUCCAGGAGAUCUGAGGGCGGCAUCUGACGAGGGCGGAGCUUGGCUGUGGCUGCAGAAAUGAGUAAUAUUUUUACUCUUGCCAAAGCCAGCUUCCCAUCGGCUGGGCAAACAUACACGUGAAUGCUCCAUCACAUCGCCAGCCAGUUGCCCUCCAUUGUCACAGCUGACCUGCUCCCCCUUCUGUAAAGGAAUGGCUCUAAAGAAAGCCCAAGUGCCCAGGCGGCGGCGCUUUCGACCUUUUAGAAAGCAGGAGGGAAACAGUCAAGGCAGGAUUCAGUCCAGGCCUCUGAAAGCAUAAUGUGCGCGUAUGUGCAAUCCGCCGCACCACACCGCCUCAGGCUCAGCCUGCACGUGAAAGCGGGCAUUGAGGUCAGAGGAUGCGGCUUCUGAAAGCAAAGGAAGUCUCUCGUGUAAAGCCCCGACCGAAACUCUUAAUCUCUAGCCCAGGAAACCGACGCUCGCCCCUGUCCCUUUAGCCGCGCUCCUCCGGUUGACGCCUUCCCCAAGUCACAAUGACCCAGCCGGCCCCGCAAGACAAGGCAGCGCCGCACCUCAGCAGGGUCGGAAAGCCGGGCUGCGCAGACCAACAUGCGCCCAAGCGCCGCGCUCAUGCCUUCUUUCCCCUCCGGCUUUACUUUCUCAGGCGCUUAGGAACAACGCCAAGGGGAGGAGCUACCGGGUGACGCUGCAGGAGAACCCCGCAGGGAAGUCUCCCUGGGAGACCCAAACAUCUCUGAAAGCUCAAAAGCCCAUCUAUGCCUGCAAGAUGUCAAAAGAGGCCAAAGCAUCACCACAGUCGCCUGCUGAGGCACAGACACCAAAGAAGGUGCACCUUGGAGCUCAAGGCUAUAAGAUGGAACAGGCUUUAUCCUCUACAUUUGUUCCUGUAGUCAUACACCCUGGAGGACACACACCUGAGUCUCUCAAGUUUGCUUUCUACAAUCCUAACUACACCAACUCAUACAAUCCUUUUUACACCUUACAAAAACCAACCUGUGGUUAUCGGUAUUCCCCAGACACAGAUCAUAAGAGGAAGGUGUUGGAUGUUGAGAGGAUGAACAUUGUGAAGUGGAGAACCGUUGUGAGGAAAAAACCAGGUCUGACUUCAGCAUCCACAAAAUAAUGAAACCACCAUGCACUUAGCCUAAGACUCUCAUUGAUCAGGGUACACUAAUGUGGAAUCUAACAGUUUCCAAGAUCAACUAGAGGAUAUCUUGUAAGAGUUUCAAAAGAAGCAAAUCUACCUUCCAAGAGCUUCUGGAAUGCAUUGCAACAGAGUACUUUAAAUGUCUGCGAAUGAGGUUUCCCAAACCAGCCUGUAUUUGGUAGGCCUGUGACAGAAGAAACUUUAAAAAGGGCUGGAUUUUCAUCUUUUGCUUGUUAACAGCAAAAAAAUUAGAUCCAGAUUUCAAAGCAGGACAUGAUGAAAGCACCAAUAUACAAAACAAAUGAGGUAGUACUCUCUGCAUUGCCUCAUUUAGGACAUGUGGAACCAGUCCAGCUUCUAUGAAGGUCAGUUCACACAUUUAAGAAGUAGGGAAAGCAGAAGUGUUAGUGACUGGUACUGUGUUUUCCCUAGUGUUGGUAUGAAAUGUGAAGUAGGGAUUUGAAGACCUCAUGCUUCAUAAGCUCUACUGGGAUAGCCUUGUUAGUCUGUUGCAGCAAAAAUAAAAACAUAUUGUGGUACCUUAAAAA